UGGUUAGUUAAACCGACACUAUUCCAGUUUUGAGAUAACACUCAGUUUAAAUGGUUUAGCUUUGAGUUGCGUUUUGUCAAAAUGCAACUAGUUUUGCUAUGUUUGGGUUUGUGUGUUUUGGUAAUGGAUUUGGCGGCUGCAAAUUAUACAUUCACGUAUGAAAUGGCGUCCCGCUGCAAAGAGCACACCUGCCGCCACGGGUACAAGUACGAGACGUACUACCUGGCGGACGCGUCCAGCAGGCAGGCGGCGUUGCGCGAGGGAGUGGCGUUCGAGAUGCACCUCGCGGUGCUGGCGGCCAGCAACGGACACAUCCUGCUGUCAUCUGUGCCGCAGCCUGAGACCGGGGACCCAGUUUAUGAAAUUGUGGUCGGUGGUGGCGGGAAUAAGUUUACAGAAUUGCGAAGAAACCUAAGAAGGAAUUCGAAAGCCACAGCGAAGACGAUGGGCAUUCUGUCUCCCAUCGAGUACCGAGCGUUUUACAUCAGGAUCGGAGAAGAUGGUCUUGUGGAAUUUGGUAAAGAGGGAAACAAGACUGCCCUGCUCAGCUUCUUUGAUACAGAUCCGAUUCCGAUCAAAUACUUCAGUUUCACCGCUUGGAACGGCGUGGAAGCAAAGUUCUUAUACGAUUGUCCUGUGGCUGGAGAAAAUGGGUCUGAAUUCCGUCCAAACUCGAAAGAGGUGGACAUGAAGUUGUCCAACUCCGAACGACUGAAGAAGGCCCUCCUCCAAGACCGGCCGGUGGGGCUGGCCCCGGGGCCCGCGGUGCCGGUGAAGUUCGGAGUCAAGCUCACUACUGUCAGAUACGACCCGUUUGAGACUAAACUGGAUGCGGAGUUUGCUGCUGUUGCGAGUUGGACAGAUGAAAGUAUGGCUUGGAAUCCAGCAAAAUUCAAUGGCACCACCGAAUUGAAAUUCAGUCUUGGCCAAAUAUGGAUACCCCAGUUUUCAGUAUUCAAUUCCGCAGACAUCGGUAUGUUGGAACCUCGGAAUGCGGACCAGAUUACGAUGCUGUACAGCGGAGAAGCCACACUGCACUUCCAGGCCAAGACCACCACCUGGUGCUCGUAUGAUGAAGACACUCUUAACAAGUGGCCUAGAGAUAAAUACGAAUGCUUGAUCAUUCUGGAGCGCUGGAACGUCCAUGAGAUAUUGGAGCUGGAGUAUCUGAACCCUACGAGCGCUAAAAUGAAAACUUUCACAGCAAUGGACAACUUCCAAGAAAACGUAUGGAAAGUGACGGGAAAACAAGGAGUACUCGACAAAGAGAUGAGCAUUUAUAGAAAUGAAAUGUUCAACACAAACACGACUAAAAGCGAUAUGUACUUCAUCACUCUGGGCCUGGAGCGACAUGCUACUACUUACAAUAUAGUUUUUUAUACACCGUUAUUGGUAUUGAUGACGUUUCUACUGCUGUCUUUCUGGACUGAGCCUCUGAAGAUGUCUCGGGUUUGGUUCUACGCAGGGACGGCCACGCUCAUCAGUAUGGGACUAUCUUAUGUGGACUGCUUGAUUCCUUGCCAUUCUGUGCCUUCUAUAUUGGUCCUAUACGUAUGUCUCCUGGCUGGUGUGUCGGUAGCCUUAGUGCUGCAUAUCUGCAUGAUGACUCCGCUGGUGCAACCGGUAUACAAGAGCCGCCCCGUGCAGUAUCUGUUGACUUCUAAGGUGUUCAGAAUGGUGUUUUGUUUGACCGCUUUAAAGACCUGCAACACAUACGAGUCAAUAAACCGCGGUUUCGUAGCCCAAGAAGACGAUGACUCAGGAGUACUCACUACUUCUAGAAGUAAUGUAGAAGAGAUGCAGUACGACAACCACUCAGUGGGCGAGAGAGAAGAGUGCGCGGAGGUUGUGGAUAAGCUACUGUUCACAGUUUACUCUGUGCUUUUCGCGGUGUUGCUUGCUUUCCAUUUUUAAUGUAAUGUUUGAAAGUCAAAAA